AUGGAGCGUAAGGCACGCUCGGCCCCCAUGCUUGAGAUCCUGGGGCGCCUGCCGCCUGAGCUCUUUCGCAUAGAAUUCUUCGGUGACGAAACGAUUUUGCACCACCCCGUAGAAGCCUGGCCGCGUAGCGACGCGCUCAUCGCUUUCUUCUCCAAAGGUUUUCCGCUACAAAAGGCACAAGACUACGUGGCUCUGCGAAAACCUGUAGUGGCCAACGACCUGGACACACAGUACCUGCUACAGGACCGCCGAGAGGUCUAUCGUGUUUUGCAAGAACACGACGUCCCCACGCCGCGCCACCUCUUCGUGAACCGUGACGGCUAUGGUGGCCAGACGGCCCCCCCAGAGGUUAUUGAAGGAGACGACUUCAUCCAAGUGGACGGUGUCCGCAUCAACAAGCCUUUUGUGGAGAAGCCUGUGGAUGGAGAGGACCACAAUAUCCAUAUCUACUACCCCAUGAGCGCCGGUGGGGGUUGCAAACGUCUGUUCCGAAAGAUCGGCAACAGAUCCAGCGAGUACGAUCCACAGGUUAAUACAGUACGAGCAGGUGAAGGCUCCUACAUCUACGAGGAGUUCCUGUCCACCCAGGGAACCGACGUCAAAGUAUAUACUGUGGGUCCACAUUACGCCCACGCUGAGGCUCGUAAGUCCCCUGUACUCGACGGGCGUGUAGUGAGAGAUGCAGAUGGCAAAGAAGUGAGAUACCCGGUCAUGUUAUCAACCGAGGAGAAGCAGAUCGCCUAUCGAGUUUGUCGGGCUUUUAAGCAGACCAUCUGCGGCUUCGACAUCUUGCGAGUGCGCGAUGCCUCGUACGUGUGUGACGUGAACGGCUGGAGCUUUGUCAAGAACUCGGAGAAAUACUACGACGAUUGUGGCAUCCUCGUGACUCAAUACUUGGAACAGGCAUUAUUAGCUGGUGGUGGGGCGAUGGCUGGAGAGGACUUUGGUACCGACAGCUCUGCCUUCAGCUCAGUUACCUUCCGUUUUGCCCCUGAUGCUCCACCGCCCAGUGCAGAGCUGUCGGAGCCGCCAACGGCGCAAAGACAUGCGAUGCUUCGUGGUCCAUCCACAUCUAUUGCCGAGUCUGAAGUGUCUGAAGCUGACAGUAUCUCGGAUGGAAAUGAAGACACUUUGUACCAAGAAGAAGAGCUGCGUUGCGUUCUGGCUAUUAUUCGACAUGGCGACCGCACGCCUAAGCAGAAGAUGAAGAUGAACGUUUGCCACCCUGCUUUCUUGCAGUUCUACGAGGAUCGACUACGUGAAUCGCACCAGGAAAACGGAGACGGGAACGAUUUAAAGAAGAAAAAGAAACUAGACCUCAAAAUAAAGGCUGUAGCCAAUCUGGAGCGUUUGCUUCAGGUGAGCACGGACUUGCUACACAAGUACAAGAAUCGAGAUCCAGCUUUCAUGGAAUUCUUGGAACAGCGUGAGGUCAAAUGCGGUGAAGAUGCAACUGACCGCGUUAAGGGUUACCGCACCCUACGUGACGUGCUUCAGCGCUGGCAGCUCGUGGGAAUUAAUCGCAAGGUGCAGCUGAAGCCCAAGGAGUUUGUUACUGUGCCUGUUGAAGGUAUUGACGAGAAUGGAGAACAGCUGACGAUACGCCGAGUAAGCAAACUGCUGCUGAUCAUCAAGUGGGGAGGAGACCUCACACACACUGGAGAGGAGCAAGCCGAGCACCUUGGGCAGAAGUUCCGUCGUAUGAUGUAUCCUGGUGGCGCAGGCGGCUUGAACCGUCUUCACUCAACAUUUCGCCACGACCUGAAGAUUUACACCAGUGACGAAGGUCGUGUCCAAAAGACAGCAGCGUCAUUUGCGAAGGGCUUACUGGAGCUCGAGGGUGACAUUAUCCCUAUCCUUGUUGGACUCGUUCUAAAGUCGAAGGAUGCAGAUUCGAUGCUAGACCAGUCGGGGUCUUCCGCUCAGGAGAUCAUAAUGCGUGUAAAGCAGCGCCUACACAAGAUUAUCCACCGCGAAGACCAUUGCAGUCAGCUCAUUGCCUCCAACUCUCGACUCAUUCGCUCUGUUGCACUUGCUCUCACGAAAGUGGACCAGCCGAUAAAAAAAAUGGGAAUCAUGCACAAGUUGCUGCAGUCGCUCAAGGAGCAACUAACGCGCAUGAUCCAGGAGAAAUCACAGUACAAGACAGAGAUAGACCGAUGGCAGCAGCAGAAGGUUACUGCUGGUCGUCUGCUAACGCCCGUAAUGGGUCGUUCAGCAAGCGUCAAUGAGCUGAGUCAACCCAGGAACCGACAUGUACACUCGUACUCCCCGCGGAAGAAACACAGUGAAGGAAGCAACAUCUCCAGCGAUGCUGCUAACAGCAGCGUUGGUCUGCGCAAAAUGCGGCCGCCCGAAUCUUUGCCCCCUGAGGAGAUCAAGUACCCUGAACCUUGUGGUCGCGAGACUCUUGACGUCAUGAGAGAGCGAUGGGCUAAGCUGUAUCGAGAUUUCUACGUAAAGAAACGUGACACUUACGAUUUGUCUAAGAUCCCGGACAUUCACGACUGCAUUCGAUACGACGCAGUGCACAACGCACACUUGAAUUUGACCGACGUGCGUGAAUUACUGGAGAUUUCGAGUGCAUUAUCUCACGCUCUCGUGCCGCAAGAGUAUGGGAUCAACGUGGAUGAGAAGAUCUUCAUUGGCUCAGCCAUGUGUCGAACUCUUUUAUCAAAGAUCAACACCGACUUGGAUUUGGCUCGCGGCCUUAAGCCGGACGUACUCAAAGACCACAACACGCACCGUCUGAAUCCGUCGUACGCCAAGAAAAUCAAGUCUACGCAUCGAUCUGUGCGCACACGUCUGUACUUCACAAGCGAGUCGCACUUGCACUCGUUGUUGAAUGUCCUUCGCUAUGGACGCGAGGAAUGUGCGGUGAAAAGCCCUAUUGGCGAAGAAUCACGCAAGUGGAUUGAGGACAUCCCGGAACUCUGCUACAUGACGCACUUUGUCGUACGCGUCUUCGAGCGCGUCCAGUACUCGCUGGACGACCCUCAACGAUUCCGCGUCGAGAUCUCAGUAUCUCCUGGCGCAGACCAAGACCCGCUAAACUCUGAUCCGGAGAAACAGAUCGAGGUGGCGCCGCUAAAAAUUAUCUCACACGAGGGCCUCACAUGCCAGGAGCUUGUUGACUACGUUGCUGACUGUAUCGACUACGCAGAACAGAACGAGAUCAAGGAAAUGGUAAGUCGCACGGUAGCAGUCAAAGGCAGCGGUAGUCCUGAGGGCACGAACGGAGAUAGCAGUAGCAACAGUGGGGAUGUUACCUCGGUCAAGCGCUCGAUGUACUCUCUGAGCAACAAUAGCAGCGACAGUAACUUCAGCAGUGACAACUAA